CACUUCCAAAAAAACCCAAAAAUCUCAGAAGAAGAUAGAGAGAGAGAAAGGGAGAUUUACAACAACAAUGGACGAUUCAAGCACAAGAAGCCAAAAGAAGAAGAAGAAGCUUCAAAGAGACAACAACAACAAAACGAUUAAUCCAAAGAACAAGAACAACAUCCCAACUGUUUGGUUCUCACUCAAGAAAUCUCUCCACUGUAAAUCCGAACCAUCCGAUGUCCACGACCCCAAAUCCACAAAACAGCUCUCAUCAAUCUCCACCAAGAGAAUCUCCGGCGUCAACCCCGGCAUCGUCGCCGGCGGAUGCGGCGGUGGAUUAUCGGGAUGUUCAAGGUCGAUAGCGAAUCUCAAAGACGUAAUCCAUGGAAGCAAACGUCAUUUCGAGAAACCGCCGAUAAGUAGUCCUCGUUCUAUUGGAAGCAACGAGUUUCUCAAUCCCAUCACUCACGAGGUUAUACUAAGCAACUCCACUUGCGAGCUUAAGAUCACCGGCGUCGGAGACAUGGCUUCACCGGCCGGAGCAACGGAAUCAGGCGGUGGCGGCGGCGGCGGCGGCGGCGGAGGAGGAGGAAAUGGUCGGUCGACGACUUUUGUUGGGAUGUUGAGGCCGGGAACGCCGAUGCAUUAUCUGAAUCAUUCCGCUUCUUACCGGAGUCAAACGACGGCGAGGAAGGGUUCGUUUGCCUUGUCGGAGAGAGAAGGAAGAGGAGGAGGAGGAGAAGGGUUAGGGUUUCACACAAACAGGAGAGUUUCUUUGGAGAUAAACAGAGACUCCGCCGUUAAUGGUGGAGGCAAUUCCUCUGUUUCUUGCCAUAAAUGUGGUGAACAGUUCAAUAAACUCGAAGCUGCAGAAGCUCAUCAUCUCUCUAAACACGCCGUGACGGAGCUCGUAGAAGGCGACUCCUCGAGGAAAAUCGUGGAGAUAAUCUGCAGAACGAGCUGGUUAAAAUCAGAGAAUCAAUGUGGAAGAAUCGAUCGAGUCUUGAAAGUGCACAAUAUGCAGAAAACGCUAGCAAGGUUCGAGGAAUACAGAGAGACGGUGAAGAUCAGAGCGAGCAAACUCCAGAAGAAGCACCCGAGAUGUCUCGCCGACGGGAACGAGCUGCUCAGAUUCCACGGAACCACCGUCGCUUGCGGUUUAGGGAUAAACGGGUCGACGAGUAUCUGCACGGCGGAGAAAUGCUGCGUCUGCCGGAUUAUAAGGAACGGGUUCUCGGCGAAACGGGAGAAGAAUAACGGGAUAGGGGUUUUCACGGCGUCGACGAGCGGUAGAGCGUUUGAGUCGAUCGUGGUCAACGGUGGAGAUCAAAAUGGAGAUGAUCGGACGGUGAGGAAAGUGUUGAUUGUGUGUCGGGUUAUAGCCGGAAGAGUUCAUCGGCCGGUGGAGAAUGUGGAGGAGAUGAAUGGGUUGAUGAGUGGGUUUGAUUCUUUGGCCGGGAAAGUUGGGUUGUAUACUAAUGUGGAGGAGCUUUAUUUGCUUAAUCCAAGAGCUUUGCUUCCUUGCUUUGUGGUAAUCUGCAAAAGCUAAAUUUUUUAAAAACAAUUUGUUGAUAAAUUUGUGUAUCUAUUUAAUGAGAAUUGAAAUCAAUAGAAUCUGGAAUCUAGGUCU